AUGGCUACGGCUCGCACUGCGCCACGUCCAUCCUUCCAAACUCGCGUUCCGGUCAGCCUAUGGGGAAAUGUGGUGCAUUCCCACUCUUCCCGUACGCGACGUGCCUCCCUUUUACAGCUCGUCCUCAUUGUCCCGCAUUUUGCACCAUACGGAUGCCUGAGGGGUGCUCCUCUAUUAGGCAAGUCGAAUGCAUCUUGUCUCAGAUUUCAAUUCAUGCCAGUGCCGCUCUGGAAUACGCAAGAGCCCUUUCCUGUGGUAGAUCUCGUCUUCGUGACAUUCGACAAUCAUGACAAUGUGGUUGUUGGUGAUCCUAUCAUCGGUGAUGUUGCCGAGGAGGAAGCAUUCCGCACCUCCCGUAAUCGUGCUUCCGUCGUCAGAUUGGUAAUCUCGUAUACAAAUAUGCGGACAGAGAUCAGACAAAUCGAUCAUGGCCAGCUCGACCCGUAUGUCCAGAAUACCGGUUUCGAAGGGAUCGCUUACCACAUCGAGGUCGUAUUCUGUAUCCCAGGGCCAAGUAAUGGCGGAGACGAUGCUGCUGCGGAAAUAGAUUGA